AUGGCUGCCAAGGCCCCGUCCCUCUCCAAAGCCCUCACCAGCGGCUUCCUGACCUGCACCAUCUGCCUGGAGCGCCUCCGCCGCCCCAAGAUCCUGCCCUGCCUGCACAGCUACUGCCAGGAGUGCCUGCGGAAGUUGGCAGGAGGCCGGAAGGAGCUUCAGUGCCCCGAGUGCCGUGAGCGGGUGGCCCUCCCACAGGGGGGCGUGGGCGCCCUCCGGACCAACUUCUUCAUCAACGGCCUGCUGGACCUGGUCCGCCCCACGGGGGAGGCAGAGCCCACCUGCAGCCUCUGCCCGCUCAUUGGCCAGGAGACCGGCCGGCCGGCCGUCUCCCGCUGCCUGGACUGCGCUGACGACAUGUGCCGGGACUGUGCCAGUGGGCACCGCUGCUCCCGCCUCACCCACCUCCACCGCGUGGUGGCCAUGGAGGACUACCUCUCCGGGGAGCAUGACGAGGAGAUCCGGAAGCGCCAGGCGCUGCAGUGCAAGGAGCACCCCGGUGAGGAGCUGCGCUUCUUCUGCACGCCUUGUACCGUCGUCCUCUGCCGGGAGUGCCGGCUGGGGGCCCACCUCCAGCACCCUUGCCUGUCCCUGGCUGAGGCGGCCCAGGCCCGCCGGCCGGUCAUCGUGGAGCUCCUGGCCGGGGUGGAGGAGACGGUGCAGGUCAUCCGGGCGGGGAGGGCCAGCCUGGAGAGGGAGGCUGCGCAGCUGCAGGUGCGCGAGGCUAGCAUCCGGGAUGCGGUGGAGCAGGCGUGCUCGCGGGCGGUGCAGCGGCUGCUGGCGCAGCAGGAGGAGGUCCUGGCCCAGCUGGCGGACUACGGGAAGGAGCGGCAGAAGGCCUGCCAGGCCCUCUGCUCCGAUCUGGAGUUCCAAGAGCAGGUGGCCUCCAGCACCGUGGCCUUUGCCCAGAAGGUGCUGAGUCUGGGGAGGGAGGUGGAGAUCGUCUCCCUGGAGCAGGUCAUCUGUGAGCGUCUCAGGCAUCUGCAGGGCUUCUCCUGGGAGCCACUGGCCACCCGCCUGCCCUGCCUGGAGGUCGAUGCUGAGAUCGAGGGCAGUGGCCCUUGCCUGUUCCACCUGGAGUUCCGGGAGGAGAGCCCCACUGGAGUGCCGGAGGGCCCCCAGGAGGAGACCACAAAAGGGGCCAAGAAGAAGACCAACCUGCCAGAGGGCCCCCAGGAGGCAGCCACAAAAGGGGCAAAGAAAGAGACCUGCCUGCCCUGCCUGGAGGUCAACGCUGAGAUCCCCACUGGAGUGCCGGAGGGCCCCCAGGAGGAGACCACAAAAGGGGCAAAGAAAGAGACCCGCCUGCCAGAGGGCCCCCAGGAGGCGGCCACAAAAGGGGCAAAGAAGAAGAGGAGGAAGCAACAGCAGCAAGAGCAGCCUGCCAAGGAGGGAUUCCACAUGACCACCCUCAUCCUUAGGGGCUGCCAGCAAGCCGUAGCCCCUGUGCCUCCUCCCAAGGUCCCAGGAACUCCCCUUCUGACACCCAAGCCUCUCUUCUUGUGUAGCUUCUGCGUCAAGAUCCCCAGCGACCAGAAGUGCCCCCUGGUCACGGGGCUCUGCCCCUUUGGCUCUGGAGAGCUGUUGGUGGCCGACAAGCAAAACCAGAAUCUGAAGCGCUUCUCCCUGCAGGGGGAGUUCAAGGGCACUGUCCCCGUCCCCAGUGGCGUGGCCCCGGUCAGCGUGGCCACCGUGGGCAGCAAGGUGGCCUUCACAGCCGGCUCCUGCCUCUACCUCCUGAACGGUGAAGGUGGCCUGGUGUGGCAGAAGGCUCUGGGGCAGGGGCAGGCCAGCCAUGCCGUGGUGGGGCUGGGGGGAGACCGUAUGGCAGUGUGUGUGGCUGGGCAGUUGGAGGUGUACGACCUGGAGGGGCGGCUGCUGGAGAAGAUUGUGCCUGAGGGAAGUGGGGAGAGGUGCCUUGUCUUCCUGGCCAACCACAAGGACGGCUUUGUGGGCUCGGACUGGUACCGCCGCAGCGUGAUCCUGUUCACCAGGACGGGGCAGCUGGUGGCCGAGUGCUCUGAGGAGCAGCUGGGCGAGUGCCAGCCAGGAGCUGUUUGUGCUGACGCCACGGGCAUUAUCUACGUGGUCCUACGGGAGCUGAACAAGGUGGUGGCCUUCUCCCCCAGAGGGAAGGAGGUGGGGGCGUUCCUCAGUGCCAAGAACAGCAUCAACCGACCGCGGGUGGUCACAGUGGCUGGGAAGCGGCGCUUUGCCGUGGCUCUCAGCAACGGCACCAUCCACAUCUUCCGGAUCAGGUAUCAGGGCAAGGAGACAGAGAAAGGGCAAGGGAGGGGGGUAAAAAGCUGUAUGUCCCAGAGUUAAGGACCCAAGGCAGACUGGUGUUCCCAUGGUCACACAGGGUGAGCAAUGGUGUGUGUAGGAGAGUAAAAGCAGCAGUUCCUCCCGCCUGCCCUCCUGUCUGGAUUGGGUCGGCUCCCAGAGUUGUGCUUUACUUACCUGGGGUUGUUGUUCCCAAUGGCGGCCAGCAGAGGGCAAUGUGGAAAUGAUAGAACCUGGCAUAGAUCGCCUAACUGCCAAAGUUUACAUUCCUUUUGUUCUCUCGGGUAAAUCAGGGCAUGAAAAAGUCCAGAGGAUGUGAGGAAUGAUAAUGCUGCUUUUUUCACCAAAAAUCCAAAAGGCUGCAACAGCUAGAUAGA